AUACUUUUCACUCACCCAUGUUAAUAAGAAUUAUGCCAAAAAAUUAUCACAACUCUGAAAUUUCACAAUAAAUCCACCAGACGACAAGAAAAUCCAAAAUCCAUUGAACAGAAUCGCAGUCUCAACAACAACAACGUUUUCAAAACAUGGCUUCACAUGGUGGUGGUGGUGCAGGUGGAGGUGGUGUUGGCAGAGAGACAGUUGCUGCCACAGGUGCCACCGGGCCGGGUGAACGUCGAGAGGGCGGACCAGGAGCACGGAAUGGAGAACAGAAAGAUAAGAAACGAAAGGAGUCCAUUCUCGACCUCAGCAAAUAUCUUGAUAAGGCCAUUAGGGUGAAGUUUUCGGGUGGACGUGAAGCUUCAGGAAUUUUGAAGGGAUUCGACCAGCUACUAAAUCUUGUGCUUGACAAUACCAUAGAGUACCUUAGAGAUCCCGAUGACCCUUACAAACUAACAGAAGACACAAAGGAAAGAGGAUUGGUGGUCUGUCGAGGAACAGCUGUCGUACUUAUCUGUCCUAUGGAUGGCUGCGAGGCAAUUGCAAAUCCUUUUGUGCAACAAGAAAAUUAAGUGUGCAUGUCUGUGUUUUAAAAGGAAUAUUUGGUUUAUUUGGGUGAAACAGAAUGUGAUAGAGGGAAGUUUCUUUGUAUCAUGUGAAAUUCCUAAUUACUUGUAGGUUUCUGUAAUGAAGAUAGAUAUUGAUUUAUGUUUUUUUAUGGGAAUUGUCUUAGUUUGUCAUAUCACAUUUAUUGUUUAAUGGCUGUUUAUUAAGUGUUGAAUAAUUUAUUCAAUUUAAUGCAAAAAGUGGAUGUUGAAUGAAGGUAUUUAAUUUCUAUGUGUUUCAUGAUAGUUAUUUUAUUAGAAACCAUUUGACUACAGGUUUUGUUUGAUAUACUGAUACCUUUUUCAUGCAUAUUUAACCAGGCCAUUUGGAUGCAUUUCAUAUUUCUCGGAAUAUAUUGAAAAGUAAAUUUAUAUUUCAUAAACAGGGUUUUAUUAUGAGUUUCAGGCAAUUGACCAAUAUUUAUGACUCCUUUCUGUUCUUCAUAACACAAGUUCAGUAAUAAAAAUAAUGAGAGUUGUUUACAUUUAUUUUUUGGUUUACAUUUUCAUGAUGUCCUUGAAGUGAGAUUCUUUUACAUUUGUGCAUUUUUGUAUCGUCUUGUAUUUCAUAUGAACAAAAUAUAUGAAUUUCGAAUGGUA